UAAAGGUGCACCUGCCCUGUUUUAUUCUCGGGAACAGCUGUUCAGUGUUCAGUGGGGACAGACUUCCGUAAACAGUGCUGGGGGCUGUGGGUGCCAGUCCUGCAUGGCCAUGGCCCUGGGACCCAAGAGGGAAGCGUGGUCAGCGGACAGGACCACCCAGCCGCUGGGGAGGGAUGCAGAGAGGGACCACAGUGACCCCGCUUCUCUCCUUCUGCAGGUCUGUCUCGAGCCCAGAGCGGAAAGCCCCGGACAGGCUAAGCGUGCCCAUCUUGCCGCCUGCUGCCCGUCGGUGAGAUGGACGAGGCUCCCAAGGACAGGACGUCACUGGUGCAGGGCGCCAAGGCCGUCGCCAGGGAGGUGAGGAAGCAUGUGCACCAGGCGGUGGACCAGGCCCAAGAUGGCUACACGCAGAGGUCUUACCACCGCUUCCAGGACGAGGAUGCCGACGAGGACGACCUCCCCGGGGAGACCUACCCCGGGGACACCCAGGAGGAUGAGGGCUCCAGCGAGGCCACGGAGGGCCACGAUGAGGACGACGAGAUCUAUGAGGGGGAGUACCAGGGCAUCCCCAGCGGGCCCCAGGCCAAGGACGGUGUCGUGGUCGUGGGACAGCCCCCCGGCCCCCAGUACAAGGACCGGCGGGAGCUGGAGUCGGAGCGGCGGGCGGACGAGGAGGAGCUGGCCCAGCAGUAUGAGCUCAUCAUGCAGGAGUGUGGCCACGGCCGCUUCCAGUGGCUGCUCUUCUUCGUCCUGGGUAUGGCUGUGAUGGCCGACGGCGUGGAGGUGUUUGUGGUGGGCUUCGUGCUGCCCAGCGCCGAGACAGACCUGUGCAUUCCAAACUCGGGGUCGGGAUGGCUCGGCAGCAUCGUGUACCUCGGGAUGAUGGUUGGGGCCUUCUUCUGGGGUGGCCUGGCGGACAAGGUGGGGAGAAAGCAAGCCCUGCUGGUCUGCAUGUCCAUCAAUGCCCUCUUCGCCUUCCUCUCGUCGUUUGUCCAAGGCUAUGGCUUCUUCCUCUUCUGCCGCCUGCUCUCAGGAUUCGGGAUCGGAGGGGCCAUUCCCACCGUGUUCUCCUACUUUGCGGAGGUGCUGGCCCGGGAGAAGCGGGGGGAGCACCUGAGCUGGCUGUGCAUGUUUUGGAUGAUCGGCGGCAUCUACGCCUCCGCCAUGGCGUGGGCCAUCAUCCCGCAUUACGGGUGGAGCUUCAGCAUGGGCUCAGCCUACCAGUUCCACAGCUGGCGCGUGUUUGUCAUCGUCUGCGCCCUGCCCUGCGUGUGCUCCGUGGUGGCACUCACCUUCAUGCCUGAAAGCCCGCGCUUCCUGUUGGAGGUUGGAAAGCAUGACGAGGCCUGGAUGAUCCUAAAGUUAAUUCACGACACCAACAUGCGCGCACGCGGCCAGCCCGAGAAGGUCUUCACGGUGAACAAAAUCAAGACCCCGAAGCAGCUCGACGAGCUGAUCGAGAUCGAGAGCGACACGGGGACCUGGUACCGCAGGUGUUUCGUCCGCAUCCGCACAGAGCUCCACGGAAUUUGGCUGACGUUCAUGAGGUGUUUCAACUACCCCAUCAGAGAGAACACCAUCAAGCUCACGGUGGUCUGGUUCACGCUGUCCUUCGGGUACUACGGGCUGUCUGUGUGUCUCUGCAGGUACUACGGGCUGUCUGUGUGGUUCCCUGAUGUCAUUAAGCACCUGCAGUCCGAUGGCUACGCACUGCUCACCAGGAACGUGCAGAGGGACAGAUACGCCAACUUCAGCAUCAACUUCACCAUGGAGAACCAGGUCCACACGGGGAUGGAGUAUGACAACGGCAGGUUCCUAGGAGUCAAGUUCAAAUCUGUGACCUUUAAAGAUUCGGUUUUUAAGUCCUGUACCUUUGAGGAUGUGACUUCUGUCAACACCUACUUCAAGAACUGCACCUUCAUCGACACCGUGUUCGACCACACAGACUUUGAGCCCUACAAGUUCAUCAACAGCGAGUUUCAGAACUGCUCCUUUUCCCACAACAAGACGGGGUGCCAGAUCACCUUCGACGAUGACUACAGUGCCUACUGGAUCUACUUUGUCAACUUCCUGGGGACGCUGGCCGUGCUGCCGGGGAACAUCGUCUCCGCUCUGCUGAUGGACAGAAUCGGGCGCUUGACGAUGCUGGGUGGCUCCAUGGUGCUGUCGGGCAUCAGCUGCUUCUUCCUGUGGUUCGGCACCAGCGAGUCCAUGAUGAUUGGCAUGCUGUGUCUGUACAAUGGGCUGACCAUCUCCGCCUGGAACUCGCUGGACGUGGUCACUGUGGAGCUGUACCCCACAGACCGCAGGGCGACGGGCUUCGGCUUCCUGAACGCGCUCUGCAAGGCGGCGGCCGUGCUGGGGAACCUGAUCUUCGGCUCCCUGGUGGGCAUCACCAAGGCCCUCCCCAUCCUGCUGGCCUCCACCGUGCUGGUGUGCGGGGGGCUCGUGGGGCUGCGCCUGCCGGACACACGGACCCAGGUCCUGAUGUGAGGGAGUCCAACGCGACGCCGCUGCGACCGGAAGCCUCGCUGCAUCUCCUGCUGCCCCUCCGUGUGACCACACAGGUGUCCCCACCCUCCUCUCCUCCCAAACACCAGGGCCGCUCGCUGAGGGGCCCUGGCCAGUCCAGCUGCAGACGCGGUCGAGCUGGCCCGGGGCAGCCACUUGCUGCGCGUCUGUGCUGAGAGGGCGUCCCCAGCAGAGGGACAUUUCCUGUUUUCUGAGGGGACAGCCCGCAGUUCUCGCUUUGACAGCACGUGGGCGCAGCUGCGGCUGGGCGGGGCUCUUUGGGGCGAGCUGGUUCUAGUGAUGGCGGAGGAGGAAGGUCAGGCUGUGCCCUCAGCUGGAAUCUGCGGGAGCUGCAUCCGCAGGGGGUGUGGCCUGUCCCAGGAAGUUUGAGAAGUGUGAGGCGUCCAGGGCCGGGACCUGUGGUGCAGACAGCUGGGAAUGAGGUCAGCCGGAGAGCCCUGCCUCGAUUUCCCCUCACCACAGACGGCAGUCAGGGUAGGGCGUCUCUUCACCGAGCUGUGUGCCCCUCCCGGAAGCCUGGGUCCCCAGGCCAGCUCUGGGCUGGGGGCUGCAGCAGAUGGACGAGGCUCCCACCAGAGCCGUGUGGGAAGAGGGGCAGCCCUGGCCCCCGCCCCACUCUGCUUUGGUGACAGUCACCGGUGGCCUCCCAGGCACAUCCUGUCCCUCCAGCUCCCCUGGGCUGGUGCCCCAUCCCUGUGCAGCCAUAGCGCCUGCCUCCUGGGGCGCACAGGGACAGGGACAGCAUCUGCUCGGCCCCCAGCUGCUCCACCUACCUCUGGAGUCUGCAUGGACCAUGUGACCUGCUGCUGCCCGAGCCGGUCUGCAUCAACCUUUGAGUUUGAAGUUCCCUCUGCCACUUCCAGGAUGAGCAGCAGCUGGGGGGGGGAGGGGGGGCAGGGGGCCUGUUUACACCUGAGUCCUCUCCAGGCCUUUGGAGGUGACCCUUGCUGUAGUGUGGCUCCGGUACAGCCCCGGCCUCUGCCUCCGCUCAGUCCCUGAGGCCCCGCCCCCCUCCAGGCCUGCAGGUGCCCAGACCCCUGAGAAGCCACCAGUCUCCUCCCCCAACCCCG